AAGACUGAGAUUUUUCACCUCCCUCGCUCAUAGCUCCCUCGAUCAUCCCUAGCAAGAGUCGAGUCUAAUCGCUCACACUCCCUUUUCUCUCGAUCGAAGAGGACAACAUCGACGAUGAUGGCUUGUCUCCACGAUUGUGAGGCAGAACGGCAACAAAAGAGCCGAAAGGAGACCCACCUGAUCCAUCCAAGAGAACAUGUAGCUGUUUGGGUGUUCUUUGCAAUCCUGGCGAUUGCUCGGCUGCGAUAUGAUACGGAUCGUCAGCUGUGGAUGUCUCACAGGAAUCUACACGUAGAAACUCCCAUCCGACUCCUGCUGGGAGAUACUCUCCCCCAAUUGGAACGAUCUAUUGUGUCCUAUUGUGCCUAUGACAUUGCAGCAAGCUGCAAAAAAUCCAUUCCACUCUUCACCAAGCCCCAGAUGGAACAACGCAGGCAGCAACAAAGACACGUGCCGCUCGAGCUCAGGAAACUCCCUGUUUUGCAGCUGGAUAUUGUGGACGAUGCUGCCCCGUGUGAUUCCGUCCUCGCUCCAAAUCCUUUUCUCGCAAUUCUCUCCAAAUACGGUCGGUUCUAUCAGAAUCUCGAUUGUCCAGCUACCGGUACGCACCCAACAACCCAGCCGCUGGAGCAAAGGAUUCUCAAGCAAGAUGAAAAUGAUCCAACCCUGGAACAACUAUGCGACAUGGUCAUCACAGUGAUCCGAACUGUGUUUGGCUACAAUGAAGGACAUGCCAAACACAUACUUUUGGAGUCCAUGAUUCAGCUUUUGACAAACUACGAGGUGACCAUGGAGUUGCCCCAACAGACACCGCUUGACGUUGACACAGUUGAUGUCGAUGUUGAUGCCAGAUCAUCCAUAAAGGUGAAACUAUAUCUAGACGACAAGGAACUCCCCAUCGCCAAGAGUCGACUAGAAAUGAUUCGACUCUUGUCUGAUGCGUGGAAACGGCAAAAGGGCAAAAUAGCAGAGGAAGAAACAAUCGUCAAUGAUUUGACAGUAUUGCUCGAACAAGGUCCCAUGCCGGUAAUCACCGCACCUGCCCAAACCCUCGCACCACUGUCAUCAUCACGGACCACUUGGCAUCCCCAUAGUAUGCAAUACGAGACUUCCAAAAUGGCAUCCUGUCUCUUGCGUUUGUACAAUCAAAAUCAAAUCAUGACCCAACGGUGCUCGCAUUUCAUGGUGGCGGCACACGACAAAGCCCAAGAGUUUGAACUUCAAUGGGACUGUCCUCUGGCCGCUCUGGUCCGAUGGAUCUACGGGAUACUCUGCGUGUGUGCUCUCUUGGUGCUGUCGUCCGAUAUGGGACUGGGGGAGACGACCAAACAACGACGGGGACGACGCUUGCGUCAAAUGCUGCAAGAUCCACUGUUGCGAAAGGGCAUUGAACGGGAUGCUAAACGACGACUGAAGAAUGACGAGGCAGCCGUGGCCAAGUACAUGGCGGAACAAGACGCAAAGGUAGCCGAGAUCGAGGCAGCGGAUGCCGACCAGGGAUGGAAAUGGAGGGAAGCCAGGAUUGUGGCAUGGAAGGAGAGGGUGCGGUAUCUCUGGGUGCUUCGCAAGGCCUUGGUGGCUGCGUUGGGAGUAUCUGUCGUUCUGCUUGUCGUGGACCAACCCAAGGCGGUAGUGGUUCUUGACAGUGCCAUGAUUCUUGUGGGGACAAUGGGUCUUUCCUAUGUUUACAUGCCAGAGUCUCCCGAGCAGCAGUCCAAGAAAGGCACGACGGUGCACUCGUCGGGCUUGGAGGAGCCACUGUUGGAUGCUCGUCCCAAAGGGGGUUCAUCAGUUGAGAGUGCCUGAGAGUUUAUCUUGUUACCGAGAGUCAUUCUAUUGAGAGGCAUGGUUCACACAUCACGGAUACUAAGUACGGCCCGAUGAACCGGUAGCAUGCGAGGUGUCUCUGCGAACGACGAAGCAUCAAUUGUUCACUGACUGCUUGGCAGGUGGGGACUCUGCAACUGGCCAAAAUUAACGUGAGUUUGCUACACAUUAGCCAAUGAAUGAUUCAAUCAGACGAUUUUAGCCGAUGAAUCUCCUUGGAAGUUAGCAAUUACUUUGAUGAUGCAUGAUGAUGCACAAGUAAGGUGUGCGACCAGUAUGGUGCUCUUGCGUCUGAAGCCCCGGUAUUCUUGGCUGUAUCAUAGCUGUGGUGUGCUGAACGCUGCUUCCCCUGUGUGGAAAGCACGGUCGCUCCUUCUCUCUCUUCCGCACCCAUCCCCCCACCACGAUGUGUCGCUAUCACUCCUGCUGGCUUGCACUGCGUCCAGGGUUGGAUGUUGUUUGCUGUGGGUUUGUCAGCCACAGUGUCAUGACGUGGCCCACUACCGGUAUUGAGAGCCAGUCGGCCCUUCGAAUAGUCGACGUCGACCACAAUUUUUCCUUUUUUGGCUGUGUCGCGGCUCUGGAUAUGGAUUAUGGAUGCAUACGGUACUAGCUAGUAAAUAGUACCAGUACCCCGAUACCGGUACCGUAGCCACGCCCACCCAUGGUCCAGGAUAACAGAUUUGGAGACGUCUAGACAUUAGCAAUCGAUAUCGGGGUACCGGUGCCACCAAGGCCAAGAGGAGCAGACACGUACACAUCCAAAUGAGCGACAACCUUUGCGAAUUUUUCCUUCGAUGUUUGAUACCGCACGGGAAGCCUAACCAUAUCAUGCCCAAAACUAUUGUAUCCCACGAUCUGCUUCACUAGCUAGAGGUAUCCAAUUCCGUUUGUUAUAAAAAGUAGAGCAGAGUUCUAAAACCUUCCCAUGCA